AUGCAAUGGCAAGAUGAUAUCCGUGUUAUAGUCGGUUUGGAUUUUGGAACCACCUACUCGGGAUUCGCUUAUUGUCAUAUAAUUGACGAAAUUAUUCAUACGAAUAAUAAGUGGACCGGUGCAACAGGUGAUUUAAAGACCAACACAAUACUCCAAUAUGAUUACAAGUUUAUAAAUGUCGAAGAAUGGGGAAAUCCGGCAUUAUAUAAACGAUCAAAUCGGAAGAAAGAAAGAGAACCUGUUGAAUUAUUUAAAUUACAUCUUGGUAAUUUACAAGCAAAACUUAGACCUAAACUUCCAAUCGAUCAUAAAAAGGCAAUUAAGGAUUAUCUUUAUGAGAUUGGAAAGCUAUUUAAGGAAAGGAUUCAUAAAAAAUGGCCUGAUGUUGAAAUUAACAAAAAUGUUCUUUGGGUUCUUACCGUUCCCGCAGAAUUUUCGGAAAAAGACAUAGCCAUAAUGAGGGAAUGUGUGAAUAAUGCUAAGCUCAUUAAAAGAAAAGACGCCAAAAAUCUACAAUUUACCACAGAACCUGAAGCUGCGGCACUUUAUUGCAUGGAGAAUGAAUUGCUAGAAUUAAAUAUUGGAAAUUCCUUCAUGAUUGUUGAUUGCGGAGGUGGUACCGUUGAUUUGACCACUCGAAAGUUAAUUGGUAUUGGUCAAUUAGGCGAAGUUACUGAAAGAACCGGAGAUUUUUGUGGAAGCACAUUUAUUGAUAAUGAAUACAUUCGAUUUUUACGAAAAAAACUCGGUCAUCGUGCCAUAGAUCUAUUAAAAGAACACAAUUAUGGUCAAUAUCAAAAUAUCAUUCAAACGUUUUGUCGACGUGUAAAAAUUCCUUUCACGGGUGAUGAUCCGGGAUUUCACUAUACAUUAGAUAUUGAAGCAAUUGCUCCAGCUUUAAAACGAUGUGUCGAUAAUGAAAUCAAAGGAAAUAUGAUAGAUCUGGAAUGGAUGAUUAAAAUUAAGUAUGAUGACGUAAAAAAGAUGUUCGAUCCUAUCAUCGAUAGAAUUUGUCGUAUGAUACAUCAUCAACUUUUAAAUAAUCGAGGGAUAUGCUCCAAUAUAAUUUUAGUUGGAGGUUUUAGUAAAUCAAAAUAUUUACAAAAACGGAUCAAACAAGGAUUUGAACACGUGAGCUUAGAUUCUAAUCUACCUAAAGCAACCAUUGUAAUUCCUAAAGAACCUGAAGCGGCAAUUGUUCGUGGAGCGGCCAUAUAUGGAUUAAGUUUACAAAAAUCUUUAAAUACAAGUAAAAUGGAUAAGACUAAAUUCGCGAUCUUGAAUCGUAUCCUGAAAUGUACAUAUGGAAUAAAAAUAUUCCCGCCGUGGAAAAACGGAGACCCGCCUGAUCGUAAAGAAAAUGGGCGUAUUGGUAUUUUCAAACGACUUGUGGAAAAAGGGACACAAGUAGAAAUCGACCAAGAAUUUAGUUCAAGCUUUAUACCUGUUGAAACAAAACAAACAGAUAUGAAAUUUGAAGUAUAUUAUACGACUCAAAAUAAUGCAAAAUAUUGUGAAGACCCGGUGAAACCUUUAGGAUUGCUUCAUAUUGACCUUCCCGAUCUCGAUUUGAAACGCCGUGAUAGGACGGUUACUUUCGGAUUUUCUUUUGGUCAAAUGGAAAUUACAGCAUUUGCAAGGAAUGAAGUCAAUGGACAAAAUUUCCAAACAAGAUUCGAUUUAUCAAUGGAUCACGAAAUUUAA